UAUCGGAGUUCGUUACUCGGUCGAUCGAUGGAAAUAUAGUAUGGAUUUUACACUUUGGUUCUUUUGCACGCCGACGUUGAACGCUCCAACAAAACCAAUUAAAAUUUAAGAGAACUUUUAGCAGCAUAAAAAAUAAAAUUUUGUACUAUUGAUUAUUUGGCAAGAAAGUUUCCGAAGGUAAUUCGUAUGUCUUUUUAUAAUACAUACAGAACAUUUAACAUGUCAAUGGUACGGUAUAAAAUUACAAUGGGUUGACACAUAGCCUUACUCGCAUAUACCGAUAUUAUCUUCGACUGAACCUUAUCGUCCUUUGCAGAAAAAGUAGUCAGUUGCAUUUGUCAAUUCGCCAUUAGUGAAAUAUAUAUUUUUUCACACAUUAAAAAUUCGCAUUAAUUAUAAAUUCGCAUAAUAAAAUUGUUAGAUGACUUUUAUGCGGUUACAUGAAUACAAUAGGCUAUUUAUUUGAGUGAUAUUUGGAACAUGUCAUGUGGGACUUGCACUUGUCAAGUGUGAAUGAAAAUUUGCACACCACACAACCAAGAACUCGCGAAUAUCUUUAGAACCAGAUACAAAAAUUGGAAGAUGUAACAACAAUAAUGAAAGUUGUCAUAAAUGUUUUUAAAAAUUUUAAAUGUUAUUCUUUGAAUAACCUGGUUAAAACAAAAUUUCGGAUCGGAUAAAAUGUGCUAUCCUGUAAAAUGGUUUUUGAUUUAAACACCACCAAUAACCUUCCACAAUCCAGCACAAGCAGUUGCAAGGAUUACUUUUAUGAUGGAUGUAAUAGUAAAAGUCAAAAUAAUUGCCACGUUCAAUACCAAAAUUGUCAUUGUCGUCCCUGUUGUAUAAAUUCUGUAGUAAGUGAUCACACCUAUUCCCUGUUGAAAAAAAUUUGCAGAAAAGUGUUUAGAGAUUUCAAUCGGCAAAAGAGCCGAGAGAAGUAUACAAUUUUCGAUGGUGGAAACAGCGUUAAUAUCAGAAUACACCGGUCAUCCCUUGGAGAAGAUGGGAAAUGUAAAUCUUUACACACUGAUUCAAGUUUAUCAACCUUAGGUGUAACUAGGCGGAAAUAUGGUAAAGAUAGAGAAAGAAAGGAUGACAACAUCUCAGAAAAAAGGGGAAGGGAUGCUGGAGUGAGAAAUAAUGGGGAAAAGGGUAAACUUCGAAAAAGUUUUGAAACUUUUGAUACAAAACGCGAUAGAAAAAAAAAAGGGCAAGAUCAAGAAGGUGAAAAACAUGGCAAAGAACGAAAAGGGAAGGGUAGAGAGUAUUAUGAUAAUAGUGAUGGUACUAGAAGGCGAGACAAGGGUAGAGGAAAGGAAGAAGAUGGCGACUAUUACGGCGAUAGUAAGGGAAAAAAAGGCAAAGGUAAAAAAGCUGAGGAUGGCGAUAAACGAAGUGCUGAUAAAAAAAUAUCUCAAAGAAAAAAGUCUGGUGUUAAUGGUGACAGUGAUAGAAAAGACGGUGAAUCGAUAGAUGAUAAAAUAAGCAAGAAAAAAUUCAACAAAAUUACAAAAAAAAGAGAAGAAGAAGAUAGUGAUUAUUAUAGUUCUCGUAAUAUAAGAAAAUUAGAUGAAAGCAAGAGUCAAAAACAUGAUGGUGAUGAAGAAAAUAAACUUGGUAUUAAAAGAGGGAAGAAUAAGCAAAGAGACAGUAAUGAAUAUAGAACAAGUAUUAAAGAUCGGGAUGAUGAGAAAAUGCGAGACGGCGUUUCUAGAGAUGAAGGUAAAUGGAGCAGAGAUCGGAAUUAUCAUGGCAAUAAAAGCAAAGAUGACCGCCAAAAAGGUGAACGGUAUGACAAAGACAUUCAAAAAACAUCAAAAAAUAGUCGCGAUCACGACGAAAGUAAAGAAAUCAAAAAAGGUGAUCAUGAGCUUGAUUGGUUUAACAGUUCAAAAGACUAUCACUCUGACAAGAAGGGUUUCAGAGAAGGUAAUCAUCAAGAAAAAGGUAGAAAGUAUAUUCGACUACAUAACAAAGAUCCUGACAACAUCGGAAGGAGAGGUAACAGAUAUCGCGAUAAUCAAAUGAAAGGUAGUAAAGAUGGCGGGCAUAAAGAUGAUCGGUAUUCCAGCCCUACAAAUGAUUAUGAUACCCAUCGUAAAGGCAAUACUCUUAAAAGAAAAGGCGUUGUUGAUUUACCCGUUAUUUCUGAUUUACGUACUAAAGUUCGUAAAGGACAUGGUGUAAUGCCUGUCCGUAUGACACAAAUUGGAAAACAUGGGUAUAGUUCAAACACACUUCUGGAAGGAGGGAGCCGAAAGAAAGUAGUCAAGCACGGACUUAAACAACGCACCAAAGAUAGUAAAGAUCGCAUUAAUGAAAGACAUGGAAAUAUAAUAAAAAGGAAAUCUCGUUCAGGCAGAUGGCGUAGAGCUCGUUUUGGCAUCGGAUACGGAAUUGCGAUUUCAAGCCGUUGCGAUGAAAUCAAGCCGUGUGAUAUACUUCGUGCCCAUAUGGAACAACGUGAACUUUGUGAAAGGCAAAGGAGUUGUUGCCUUCAAUGUUCAUGUGACUGCAGUGCUAUUUACUGCCCCGCUCCAUCUACUAUUUGUUCUCACAUAUGUUAGAGUACCUCUAUAAACAAUAUUUUAUAUAAAUAAAUUAUUAGUGACCUAGGUUACAAUAUAUAUUUUUAAAUA